ACAGCCCGGAAGUUGCAGGUCUGAUCAGUACACGUUGCGCUGCUGCUGACAGUUCACCGCUGCUGUCUGAGAUGGCGCAGGAAAACCUCUCUGUGGUGCUUCGUUCUCAAGGCGACCUGCGACUUGAAAAUCUACCCAUUCCCGAACCAGGACCUGAUGAUGUUUUGCUGCAGAUGCACUCAGUGGGAAUAUGUGGAUCAGACGUUCACUACUGGCAGCACGGUAGAAUCGGAGACUUCGUGGUCCGAAAACCAAUGGUCUUGGGUCAUGAAGCUGCAGGGGUAGUGGUGAAAACUGGAUCUGCUGUGAAACACCUUAAAAUCGGUGACAGAGUGGCCAUUGAGCCCGGUGUUCCCCGAGACAUGGACGAGUUCUUCAAAAAUGGACGAUAUAACUUAUCUCCGUCCAUCUUCUUCUGUGCCACACCCCCCGACAAUGGGAACCUGUGCAGAUACUACAAGCACAAUGCCAACUUCUGCUACAAGUUGCCUGAUAAUGUGACAUUUGAAGAGGGAGCCCUGAUUGAACCACUGUCUGUAGGGAUCCACGCCUGUCGCAGAGGUGGCGUCACCCUCGGCAGCACUGUCUUCAUCUGUGGUUCAGGACCUAUUGGGUUGGUCUGUUUGCUUGUGGCCAAAGCAAUGGGAGCCUCAAAAGUCAUCAUAUCUGAUAUUGUCCCAGAGCGUCUGUCGAUGGCUAAAGAGCUCGGUGCAGAUUUCCAGCUGCAGGUUAAGAGAGAGAACGGACCACAGCAACUGGCCAAGUCUGUAGAAGACCUGCUGGGAGCGCAGCCUCAUGUCACUAUUGAAUGCACUGGUGUGGAGAGCAGUGUCCAAACUGCCAUAUAUGCAACACGCUCAGGAGGUGUGGUAGUUCUGGUGGGUCUGGGCUCAGAGAUGGCAACCAUUCCUCUGAUAAAUGCUGCUGUGAGGGAAGUGGACAUCAGAGGAGUUUUUCGUUAUUGCAACACCUGGCCAAUGGCCAUCAACAUGUUGGCGUCAGGUAAGGUCAACGUGAAGCCCCUCGUGACCCACCGUUUCCCUCUGGAGCAGGCAGUCCAGGCCUUUGAGACGACCCGUCAGGGGGUUGGGAUUAAGGUCAUGUUAAAGUGUAACCAGAAUGAUCAGAACCCUUGACCUGACCCACUGCAGCAAAAACAACAGUCAGAUCAAAGAGUGUGUGAUGAGGAAAUACCUACGAAUGGACGUUGGACCUCACAGAGAUAACAACAACAGAGUAUCUAUAAAAGUAAAUAAAAAUAACAACAGCAUUGACCCAGAUAUACAAUUACAACAAACUAAUAAUAAUAUUAAAAAACAACAUUCUAAAGAUA